GCUUCCACAAAACUCCAUUCUCUGCUCAUUCUCAAUCUGUCCACGAGGGUAGUUGUACUACACGCUCCAAGCUCUCCUUACACGGUCCUUGUCGUCGUCGUCAUCAUUCCCAGUCGUGGUCGUAAUAAUACCUCCAUUUAUCCAGUGUCUGCAUUCACUCACUCACAGUGUCACACACGACAUUGAAAAGUGCACAGAGGAAAUAAUACAAGCAUUAUUGAAAAAUAGUACAGGUUCAAUUUCAGGAUUGAAAUUAAAAACAAGUGGUUUUGCAAUAUAUGAAAAUAAACUGGCUAGUUUUGUGACUUUUUUGGAUAUUCGUACGAAAUAGUGUGAAUUUUGGGAAAAAGUGGUGAAUUCUGUAAAGUUUGACAUUGUAGUUGAAACUGUUUUAACGUCUCAAGUUGAGAUUUGUUUGUGAUCUCGUGCGAAUAUUAUCCGCAAUAUUGUGGAUUUAAUCUUGAACUUUUAGUGUUUUAUAAAAAAGCGUCAAAAUUGAUUCCUACUUUGACCCCUCGGAAGCGUCUCACCAUCAUCAUCACCGCAUAAAAAUGUGUGACGACGGCCUUUCCGGAUACAAUUUGUCUUCUCGUAUCUCACAUUCCCUCGGGGGAAGUCCGAUGCUUGGUUCACUCGCUGCAGGUCACGGUCUCACCCCACCCACCUCACUCAUGGGUCAUCACGGGAUCGGCUCUGCCCUGCACCACCUCCACCAACAACAUUCCCAUCACAGUUCCCAGCAUCAAACGACUGCUCACUUGACCCCACCCUCGACGGGAUCCUCGUCAGGGUCGUCUUCUGGGCUGAUGAGUCCUCAGAGUUCGAUGGGCAUGGGGAUGAUGGGAGGUGGUAAGAACCAUCACGGGGGGAAACAGAGCCACAGUCCGGGAGGAGGUGGGGGCAUGGGGGGACUCGCCGGUUCGGGAGAUGACCACAUUAAACGCCCCAUGAACGCGUUCAUGGUCUGGUCGCGCAUGCAACGGAGGAAAAUCGCUCAAGAAAAUCCAAAAAUGCACAAUUCUGAAAUCUCGAAGCGAUUGGGUUCAGAAUGGAAAUGCUUAUCGGAGGAUGAAAAGCGUCCCUUUAUCGAUGAAGCGAAACGUCUCAGAGCUCAGCACAUGAAAGAUCACCCCGAUUACAAGUACAGGCCACGAAGGAAACCAAAAACCCUGAAGAAAGAGGGUUACCCAUACUCCUUCCCUUAUCCAAGUGUCCCCAUGGAUGCUCUCCGAGGCCUUCCCGGAGCUGCUCAAAUGUCCAGCUAUUACAACAGCGCUUACGGAUCUGCCGCCGGAUUUGGCUCCGCGAUGCACAACACGAGUUUGGCCGCUGCUGCGGCGAAUCUUGCCGCGACGUCGCCCUCCGCGAUGCAAGAUGCGAUGAAGGCUUAUUCCGGGAUGGAGGAUAAGUACCGAUAUUCGGCAAUCAGCUCGAUGUACCCUUCAGCCGAGGCGGUGGCGGCGGCUGCGGCGAAAUAUAUGCAGGAAGCGGCAGGGAAGAGUUAUCUGGACUCUGGAAACGCGAGAUACUUUGACAGCGGGACUAUUUCCCCCAACAAGCACUUCACACCUUCUGGGUCGACUCCGACAUCGAAUGCGAACGAUCGGUACGAAUUAACCCACAGUGGGAGCAAGUCUCACGCAUCGGACUCUCCCAAGAGCAAUUCUCAUGACGGUUCAACCGGGACGCCGGACCCUCUCCAACAGAAUUCCAAUAAUCCCUCAUCAGGUGCUCAUCACAACAACAAACAUUCCAACAGCAGUGGACACAACUUAUCAUCAUCGCAACAUAGAGGCGGCGGCACACCCGAUCAAGACCACUCUGGCAGCUCACCCACUAUGACCACUUCCGCUCCCGGAUUUCCACCCCACUUUUCCUCCCUUGCCUCCUACUACUCCCAACUUAACCAGGCCGGUCUCCCCAACGGACCGCAUGGAAGCGGUCUGGCCCCCAGUUUGGCUCACAUGGCGCAAUACGGUCAACACCCCGGGGUACAAAACCCGUACCAAAUGUCGCAUCAGAGUUCGGGAUCUGCCCCCACUUCCGGCAACUCGAGUGGAGACUUUCGCCGAGCUCUGCCCGUUCUCUUUUAAAGUAUUUCAUAAAAUUCAAUUUUGUAAUUUUCUGAUGCUAGUUAUUCACUACUUUUCUUGUAAUGGAGCAUAUUUUGAUUUCGUUUUAUUUUGGAUCGUUAAAUUAAGAAAUACAAUCAAGAGCAAAUGGACCGGUUUUAAGUAGUUAUACGCAACGGGGAGUAGUGGUAUUUCAAAAUAGUUGGUAACUUUUUUGGUCGGGUGGCAUGUACGUACGUAUUAACUUGACUAAAGUGUACACAUACAUUCAUAGAUUUCGAAUAUAUGCAUUAUUACUAUACCACUACAAUUACGUGACAAUUACAACUUCUUCAUAAUUUUAUUGGUGAUAAUAGUUACGGUUACGUUUACAGACCUACACCUUGUACACAUGCGAAUGUAGAAACUACAUACAUUACAAAUACUGAGAUGAUUAGAUUGGUUGGUUGUGAAAUUAUUGUGUUGGUGUUGGUCACUCACUCACUCGCCACGUAUUUGCAUAUGCAUACUUUUGACAAUUGACUUUAUCACAUUCCCUGCAAACACUUAUUGAUAAAAUAAAACGUGGUCGAAGAACGCCUAAGAAAGAACCACAGCAGGUAACACGACAAGACCUCCGUAUUCAUUUGCAGGAUUGGCAACUCGUUUCACAAUCAAAUUCAAUUAGAUCUGACAUUUGUAGACAUUGGGUGUGUCUCACCCAAUCAAUUUCCAGCUGAAAAUACGAUAAAUUAGAUGGUUCACACUUUCCUUUUUUACCUUGUAGAAAUUUAUUGGGUAUUGAUUGGGUUGAGUUGAGUGAAACAUUUACUUUACACAGUAGGACAACUAUAGUGUUAAAUAUUCGUAUAUAAACUAAAAACAUAAUAUGCAGCAUAUUGUAGUUAUUAUAAAAGAGACAAAGUUGCUCAUUGUUGUAUCCUUAACACACACUAUUUACGUGUCUGGAUGAUGAUCUCUUUCUAAUUACGCUAUAAACUUAAAAAUCAUAGCUGAAGAAUCAGUUACCGUUUAAUUAACUUUGUAAUUAGUACACAUUCUCAUAAUGUGAUUGAAUAUAGCAAAGGUAAAAAAACUGCAAUUUUUCUUUCAUAGAUUUGUAAAUGAUGAGAAGAAUCAUCUCUCGAGGGGAUGGUUUAUCUUUAGAGGUGUAUCUAAUAAUAUGUACAUAUGUAAAUGAACAUAAUACAUACGUGUACAGUUUAAAUAUCGCGUAACUACAUAUUCCUAAUUAUAAUUUGUAUCAUUAUUGAAAUUGUGAGCAUUAAUUAGCGUUAAUUAAGAAGGAAAGUUAGCUAAUAAUUCAUUCAUAUUCUUAAUUAAUAUAUUAAAAUAGUAAUUAAAUAUUAUAAAACCAAACCAAUUAUCACUGCAACCACGCACUCUCUCAUGAAGAAAGGAGAGAGUUGACGUAAUAGUAUUAGAUUAAUAGUCAUCACAUCAUUCCUUGCAAGAAUUGAGCCUCCCGACUCAACGGUUUUCAUCAAUUCAAUUCACCGGAAACCGAAAAAAAGGAUGUAGUCCCGUGUCUGUAACUGUAGAAAGUACGUAUGUUUAAGUAAUAAUCAUUCACAUUGCGUAUGUAUGUAUCGAACAAGAAAAAGAAAAAAAGUUCAAGAGUUUAGCAAUUACUAUAUAUUAAACUAUUUAAUUAUUAUUGUUAUGUA